CGUGGAGUGGCACGCCUAAUCGCAAGUAACAUGUUUCCAAUCUCUUUCGUUUCCUCUGAAGGCUUUCGCGACUUUAUGAAGUUAUUGGAACCAGGGUACAAAGUUCCCUCUCAACAAAGUAUACUCUCACGCUUACAAUUGUUUUAUAAUGACGUAAGAGAAAAAAUUGCAAACGAUUUGGCGGAGGUAGAAAGCGCAUCAAUUUCAGUGGACGAAUGGACAUCAAGAACUCAAGAUUGUUUUUUAUCAGUCGAAGCCCAGUAUAUUGACAAAAAUAGUGAAUUGUGGAAAGUUACACUUUGUAACGAGCAAAUAGAAGACCGACCAAAUGUAGAAAACAUUGCAUCGGCAAUAGAAGUAGUUUUAGCCGAUUGGAACAUUUCCGAUAAAACGCAAGCGAUAACGCACGACAGUGCAUCAGUCAUGAAUGCAGCAGGGCAACAACUUUUUAAUAUAGGGGACAGCAUCAAGUGCAGCGCUCACCUUUUGCAGCUUGUGAUAAAAGACGCAUUAGCAGCUGUACCUGAUUACGAUAAAAUUUGCAAAAAAGGACGAAAUUUAACAGCACAUUUUCAUCGCUCAAAUAUUGGCAAAACUGCACUACUAAAAAAGGCUCCAGAAAUUAUGGGCGAUAUCUGCUAA